GAAAGGUUCAAUUGACAAACAUGGAAAAUAUAUAGUAAUAACUGAGGCGCUCCUUAUGUCUUAAGCGCUGGAUUUAAGUCUCGGGUGUGUAUCUAGGGCGUGUUAGUAGAUGUUAGUAAUUCUAGGCGUUAUAUGAAGUAUUUCACCAUGAGGAAGCUUUUGCAGCUUUUCUCCUUCCAACGAAACCAAAUCUUUUAUAAGCAUGCAAACUAUUCGGUACGUGGACAAGAUUCAAAUUUUAUUCGGCUUCACGGUAUCGAUGUGGUCCGGGAUCCGAGAACAAAUCGAGGAACUGCAUUCACUCUUAAUGAGCGACAAUUACUCGGUAUACAUGGGCUACUCCCACCUUCUGUAUUAACUCUGGACCAACAGGUCUCAAAAAUGAUGGCCAAUCUAAAGAAUAUGAACGAUAAUUUGCAGCGCUACGUUUAUCUUACUUCAUUACAAGACCGAAACGAGGCUUUAUUUUAUAAGCUUGUUAUUGAGCAUGUGGAAUAUUGUAUGCCGUUGAUAUAUACACCAACUGUUGGUUUGGCUUGUCAACGCUAUGGUGUAGUAUUUCGACGACCUCGUAUUGAAUUUGCAGUACAGUACCACAUCCAAUGGGAAAAUUAUAAUUCAGUUACCUUCUUAUUCCCCGUUAGAGGUCUAUACAUAACAGUACACGAUCGACAUCAUAUACCCGCGAUUCUAAAUAACUGGCCUGAACCGAUCGUAAAGGCUAUCGUAUUUACUGAUGGUGAGCGUAUUCUUGGUUUGGGUGAUUUGGGAGCAUAUGGUAUGGGAAUACCCAUUGGAAAACUGUCGUUAUACACAGCACUGGCUGGUGUCCAUCCGAAGCAUUGUUUACCAAUCCUUUUAGAUGUCGGAACAGAUAAUCAAGAAUUACUGAAUGAUCCUGUAUAUACGGGUAUCAGACAUAAGCGUAUACGCGAUGAACGCUAUGAUGAGUUAAUCGAAAAUUUCAUGCAAGCUGUUACAGAACGCUACGGGAACCAUUGUUUAGUUCAAUUUGAAGAUUUUGGAAAUCAUAAUGCAUUUCGUUUACUUGAACGAUAUCAAGAUUCGUACUGCACUUUUAAUGAUGAUAUACAAGGUACGGCAGCUGUAGCGGUAGCCGGCUUACUGGCUGCCGGUCGUAUUACAAAGCGUAAGCUUACAGAUAAUAUAUAUCUUUUCGUCGGCGCUGGUGAAGCAGCAACCGGUAUUGCUCAGUUACUGGCAACAUCAUUACAACUAAACGGAUUGGAUGAGAAAGAGGCCCUGAGUAAAAUGUAUAUGUUCGAUAAAGACGGAUUAUUAACACAUUCACGCCAAGAAGGUUCACUGACAGAUCAUAAUAAAGUUUUUGCGCGUGACGACACAGAAAAUAUAUGUAAACUGGAAGAUGCAGUGAAAUUACUAAAGCCAACAGUUAUUAUUGGUGCAUCCGGGCAAGGUGGAAUUUUUACAGAUGCUAUCAUUCAACAAAUGGUUAAAAAUUCUGAACGGCCAAUUAUAUUUUCACUGAGCAAUCCAACUUCGAAAUCUGAAUGCACCGCUGAAAGAGCAUAUAGAAUUACAGAGGGUCGAUGCGUAUUUGCUGGCGGUUCACCCUUCAAUGAUGUUUUACUUAACGUUUCUGGCAAAGAAGUGCAUUUCCAACCCGGUCAAUGUAAUAAUUCUUACAUUUUUCCCGGUGUGGGACUGGCCAUUACACUGUGUCAAAUCCGUCCAGUUUUACAAGAACUUUUCGUAAUCGCUGCUGAAUGCUUAGCAGAUCAAGUCGACGAAAAAGAUCUGGAUGUUGGUCGUGUAUUCCCACCGUUAAGAGAUAUACGCAAUGUUUCGUUGGCUAUAGCAGUACAUGUUGCAAAAUAUGCUUACUCGAAAGGUAUUUGCCAUUAUGAACCACAACCUAAGGAUAUUGAAUUGUAUUUGUCUCAAAAGAUGUAUGAUCCAAAUUAUUUACCAGUUAUGCCUGAUGUAUACGAUUGGCCACUUGGUGUCACUGAUGCGGUCUCAUGAGGAUUAGAAUUUUCAAGAACGAAAUAACCUCAUCAUUUCAGUGCAGCGUACCAGAGGUUCAAAUACUACAUUUCCCACCUUUCUAUCACUACUAAAUUUUCUCCAACUUUUUUUCAUUAUACGGUUACUUGAUUGUAUAUCUUUUUCUUUUUUACAGUAGCGUAGCUUUAUUUUAGAGUAAUCUAGCCAACAUACUAUUCAUUAAUUCGAUUUCAUUUUAUGAUGUGUUUCUUUCCUUUUAUCAAAACGAUUUACGAUUUCACUCCUGUAAGAUUACUAAGGAUACUACUGCGAUCUUAUUUGCAACAUUUCGACCAUAGUGUUUUAAUUGUUCUUUUUUGUCUGCUAAUGUUUCCAGUUUAUCUUGUUCAAGUUUUUGUCUCACUUUUAUAAUAACCUCAGUUUCAAUUAUGUCAAAUUCAGCCCUUUUAUCGAAAAA